AUGCCACCCCACCCCCAAGCCUCCAACAGCCGCGAGGGGCCUUUGAUGUGCGUCUUUGGAGUGGGGGACGGGGGCACGGUUCCGGCCGCCCAGGCUCCACCGAGACAAAGGAGCCAGCGCCAGACCCCCGCCCGCAGGGGGCUGCCCGUCUGUCGCAAGGAGAUGGGAGGAAAUCUCUCCUCCCGGCGCAGUGGGGUUCGGUGUCUGCCGGGAACGCUCCUGGGGACGGCGGCGGCUCAGGCUGGGCGCCUAGGGCUGCCUAGGAGGCUGGAGAGCGCGGGAAAAGGUGCCGCCGGCGGGGGUGGGGUCGGGGGUCCCGGGGUCGGCGGGGAGGAACACCUGACCGGCCGGGAGGUCCUAACGCCCUUCCCGGGGCUGGGCACUGUGGCAGCCCCCGUGCAGGGGGGUGUCCAUCUGAAGCAGUGUGAUCUGCUGAAGCUUUCCCGCCGACAGAAGCAGAUGUGCCGGCGUGAGCCAGGCCUGGCGGAGACCCUGCGGGACGCCGCGCACCUCGGCCUGCUGGAAUGCCAGUUCCAGUUCCGGAACGAGCGCUGGAAUUGCAGUCUGGAGGGCAGGAGCGGCCUGCUCAAGAGAGGUUUCAAGGAGACUGCCUUCCUGUACGCGGUGUCCUCGGCUGCCCUCACCCACGCGCUGGCGCGGGCCUGCAGUGCAGGGCGCAUGGAGCGCUGCACCUGCGACGAUUCCCCGGGCCUGGAGAGCCGGCAGGCCUGGCAGUGGGGCGUGUGCGGGGACAACCUCAAGUACAGCACCAAGUUCCUGAGCAACUUCCUGGGGCCCAAGCGAGGAAGCAAGGACCUGCGGGCACGAGCAGAUGCCCACAACACCCACGUGGGCAUCAAGGCUGUGAAGAGUGGCCUCAGGACCACGUGUAAGUGCCAUGGCGUGUCAGGCUCCUGUGCCGUGCGCACCUGCUGGAAGCAGCUCUCCCCCUUCCGGGAGACGGGCCAGCUGCUGAAGCUGCGCUACGACUCUGCUGUCAAGGUGGCCAGCGCCACCAACGAGGCCCUGGGCCGCCUGGAGCUUUGGGCCCCCACGCGGUCGGGCAGCCCCGCCAAGGGCCUGGUGCCCCGGUCGGGGGACCUGGUCUACAUGGAGGAUUCACCCAGUUUCUGCCGGCCCAGCAAGUACUCACCAGGCACGGCGGGCAGGGUGUGCUCCCGGGAGGCCAGCUGCAGCAGCCUGUGCUGUGGGCGCGGCUAUGACACCCAGAGCCGCCUGGCUGCCUUCUCCUGCCAUUGCCAGGUGCAGUGGUGCUGCUACGUGGAGUGCCAGCAGUGUGUGCAGGAGGAGCUCGUGUAUACCUGCAAGCACUAGGCCCGCCGCCCCAUGUGCCCACU